UUUAUAGUUUUGUAUUUAUUAUUAUGCAGUUUGGUAAAUAUGCUGUUUAUAGUCUGAUACAGCAGGGGGCGCUGUGCAGCUCAUACGAUGGUUCGCGGUCCGCCAUUAAACUAAAGAAGAAGAAGCUGAUUCAAACAUGCUAACACUCAUGGCUAACACCUGAAGUUGUCCACAGAUAUUCCGGUGAUUAAAUCUGUCCGCGCCAUGUUGUCACGCCGAAUAUGGAGGAAGUGAACUUUGUGUCUCUUGCCGCUGGGAGAUGUGUGGACGCCUGCUGCCUGCUGCUCGACCUGCUCGUCAGGACGUACAGCUGGCUGCUUCGCUUCCUGUCCAGCGUGGGCGCUUCCCUCCACAGCACGCUGAGCGGCUCCAGUUUGGUUGAAUACUGGAACUUUGCUGUUUUCUCCUUCCUCGCCGCCACCGAGGCCGUCUCCAGGACCGCCUGCGGAGCCCUGCACGCCGUGGAGGGCUGGCUGCAGAUGCUGGGAGGCGUGUUUGAGAGCUUCAAGAUGGUGGGACACCUCUCCUGUCACGUGGCGUUGCGCACCAAGGAGGCGCUGCACUGCUGGCUCAUCUCAGGGAGCUGCAUCCUGCGACAGACGUGCGAGGGCGUCUGCAUCGUGCUCAGCCUCGCGCUCUACUUCGUCAACACGAUGGUCAACAUCGUCCUCAUCAGCAUGCAGAACUGUCUGUGUGUGUUGGCGGGCGUCUGGGAGGUGGUGGCGGAGCCCGUGCACAGAGUGGUGGAGCUGGCUCUGACUGUGCUGACCUUCCUGUACAGCUGUCUGGUCGGCACCUCUGUGCUGCUGUGGGCGCCCUGCCAGCUGCUGCUGGACUUCCUGGGCGCACUGGGUCGUGUCUUCUUCACUGUUUUCAUGGUGGACUCACACGGCCUGCUCAUCACAGCGGCCGUCGUCUCGCUGGCUCUGCUGUUACUGAACCCCAGGCUGCCUGUCCUCGCCGCACAGCUGAGCCUCCACGUGUUCAACGCUCUGCCGGGAGCUCGUGGCGUCCAGACAAACAUUCGCAGGCUGUACGCAGUCAUAGUGGAACAAGCUCUGGCCAAUCAGGAGGUCCACAGGAGGACUGCACAGGAAGUGAGUAGGACGGGGCUCCCUCAGCCUCACACAGACACUGGUGCUUUAAUCGCUGAGGCUGACUUGCUGCCAGCGAGUGAGCCGAGCCAGCCGGACUCCCCGCAGCUCCCCGCUCAGCAGGACGGCGAGGUGGGGAGGACGAGCGCAUCCGUUCCAGAGGGCGGCGGCGGCCCUCCAACUGAUGGCGAGCUGCUCAGCCUGCUAAAGGAGCAGGAGGAGAGGAAGAAGUGCGUCAUCUGUCAGGAUUUGAGCAAGACGGUGCUGCUGUUGCCGUGCCGACACCUCUGCCUCUGCCGACCCUGCGCCGACAUCCUGACCCAACGCCGACCCGUCCAGCAGCGCUGCUGUCCGCUCUGCCGGCGGCCCAUCACACAGACCAUGGACGUCUUCCUCUGAGGGCCACGAAUACAAAGCCUGUGGGCGUUAAACCUGCUCGUCUUCUGUCCUCUAAUAAUGUCACUCACCUGCAGCCUGUCACAUCAUUUAUUUAUUCUUUGUUCCAGUAUUUUCUAAAAGAAAUCAGAAACUUUUCUAACUUCACUGAACAAUAUUUAUGAUGAUUCAUCUGAAAACUUGAAGAUUAUAUUAUUUAUUCAAUAUAUCUUGUGUAAAUUUGCCAAAAUACCAAAACAACAGAGAAGCUCUUUAAUCUCUUGAUAUGUAGGAAGGAGGGUGUAACGGCACACGUGUUCAUGGUCAAGUGUUCGCUGCACAGUGAAACACAACAUGUCUCUGUGUUUUCUACAUGUCAAAGUCAGAGGCCGUUUACAUGUUGCCGGCUAUUUUCAUAAACGGACAUUUCACCGUCUCCGUUUUCAAAAAGAUCUUUGUUUACACUUACCCGUGUAUAUAUACACACAAGAGCACGCCAAACCUGUAGGUGGCAGUGUAACGAGAAGCUCAAGCCUUCCAUGUAUCCAUCGUCACCAUAGCAACAUAGGUCGCACUUUUGACACAGGCGCAAGUUCCAGCGCAUACUGUGACGUCGGCUGCCUAUAACUCCGUUUAUCUCCGUUUACAUGCAAACGUGCAACCGGAGUUUUCCAAAAUCUCCAGAGGAGAAAUCUCCGUUUGCGUGUAAACGAAGGGCACAAACGAAGGAAGAUGUCUCCGUUUAUCAAAAUCACCAUGUACGUGUAAACGGCCUCUCACAUUUGACACGUCACAAGCAGUUUUAUAAAAACAGACUGUAAUCAAAAUAAAAUGCAGAGACAGAUGUGUUGAUUCAAACACACAAUAAAUACACACAUUAAACACACAUUAAAUACACACAUUAAACACACACACAAUACACACAUUAAACGCACAUUAAACGCACAUUAAACACUAGGGAUGCAAACAAUUAAUUGAUUAUCGAUUAAUUGUCAAUAAGAAAUUACUCGAUUAAAAUAAAUUCAUUGCAAUUAGUUGUGUUUUUAAACCCGUAAUUCCCCGUCAGUCCAUGAGAGGGCGCUCUUGACGCCAGACGUACUUGACGCGAGAACACGUGAGAAGCAGGGCUCUGACGAGAGCAACAUAAACACGAAGCGGCAUGAUGAAGCGGACAAGACGGAGUGCAGUGUGGAGCCAAUUUAAGUUGGUUAAUGACGCCAAAUGCACAAUAUGUGGUAGCUUUUUAAACUACAACAACUCCACAACUUCGUUGAAUUACCACCUGAAUACGACACGUUCAGUCGUGCUACACGGAGCGAGUGGAUCGGCUUCACAGCCAACAAGCACCACAGCAUUGGGACGGACGGUAUGUGACGCUGGGAAAGCGGAGGGCAUUACUCAGCGAAUAUGUAUCAUGGUUACAAGUAGCCUGCGUAAUACUUUGAUAUUUACUGUUCAGAAUAUCUUUGAUAUGCUACCAAAAUACUAUUGCCUGCCCUGAAGUGUAUCCCAAAUAUAUCCCAAAUAAAUCUUUGAUUAAGGAAUAUGAUUUGAUUUGUUUCUGUAUAUCAUGAAGAAGAUAUAGAUAAAUUAAUCAAUAAUUUGCAUCCCUAUUAAACACACGUUAAACACACAUUAAACGCACAGUAAACACAUUAAUCACACAUUAAACACAUUAAUCACACGUUAAACACAUUAAACACACAGUAAACACACAUUAAACACACGUUAAACAUGGCUUAAUAGAGACAGUCUCAAACACAAAUCAGCUUCACUAUAACUCGCAGCAUUCACAGACAAACACUUGUCUUUAUCUGGACACAUUUUCCCCACAAAUACAACAUGCUAAUGUUAUUAGCACAAGCCUAUGGCAUUUUACAUUGUAUAAAUUAGCCUAGCAGCUAGCGAUCUUUUCCUCUACUCAUAUGAAGCCAGGGACAACAGCAACAUUUAACAAAGGUAACGUUACAGAAUUCAGCUCCAUUACAUCUCACAAGGUUCACUGACAAAACAACUGUCUUAUACUAAACACGUUUAUACACAAAUACAACAUGCUAACGUUAUUAGCACAAGCCUAUGGAAUUUUACAUUGUAUAAAUUAGCCUAGCAGCUAGCAGACUUUUCCUCUACUCAUAUGAAGCCAGGGACAACAGCAACAUUUAACAAAGGUAACGUUACAGAAUUCAGCUCCAUUACAGCUCACAAGGUUCACUGACAAAACAACUGUCUUAUACUAAACGUCGACUGUUCGGAGGCAGCUGUAAAUGGAAGUUUGUGUAAAAAGUAUUCCCUCAGAAAAUAACUCGAAUAAAGAGGAGAUUCAACGUCCAGUUGCAUUUUUUCUUAAUAUCGUAUAUAAGCAAAUAUACAAGGUGUGAUAACUGUCAUCUUUUAUAUGACGUUAUACCUUAAAACCGGUGUAUCGCUGAGACCCUGGGAUUCAUACAUUUACAUUUAUAAAAACAAAAGGACAUUUCUCUGGCUGUAUCACACAUGUACCGAACGCUGACACCACAAACCGUGAAUUACUGUUACACCCCUCGUAGGAAUUGAGAACUGUGCAGCUUCUGGUUAUUAUGAGUUUCUUUGUGUGCUUGUGUGCGUGCAUCUGUCUGCAGCUAAUCUUGCCAACUACUGGACCAAUCAGCCUAAUAUUUUGUGUGCACAUUUACCACUGUAUGCUCAAAGACGUCUGGAUGUUGAGAUGACUGCCGACUCCUCGCACCUUUUAAAAAGCUGGUCAGGGCUGCCAGUUUUGUUGAAAUCGUCUUGGCACAAAAACAAAACAACAACAAGCCUUACGUCUGUUGCAGGACACAUUUUGUUCAUCAGGUCUCAAAAACCGACAUUUGUAGAAAGUUUGGUCUCGUUUUGAACCGGAGCGUCUGCAGGUUAAUUUUAUACCUGAAUGUUUACUUUAUAUACAAAGUGACAAGCUGUAUGAAAGCGACUGAAAAAUGAUGACACGUGUAUACAAAAAUAAGUAAAUAGGAACACAAAUACAAAUAAUAAUAAUAAUACUAAUGAUAACUAACACUGGGGCCUCUGUAUGACAGACACUGAUACGAGUCGUUCAUUACACACUGUUUAAUACAUUUACUUUGUACAAGUUUUAAUGCAGAGGUUGUGAUUAUGACUCAACAUACAAGAUAAAUCUUUGCCCCUGAGAUAUCUGAUAAACAUUGAAACCACUCUUUUUUCAUAUUUGAUUGUGUCUGUAUUUUUUUCCAAAGGAAAACACAUCUUCAGCCAGCGUCCAGAGCUGUGUCUCUGUGUUUCCAUGUCAAUGCCAUAAAUCUUUUGACUUGUACAAUGACAUUGAUAAAAAUGAGUUCACUGCAUUUUAUUUUGAGUCCCUAUGGAUAAAUGCCAAGAACAAAAAAUGUAGGAUCUCUGGUUAAUUGCGUUGAUAAAAUCUCCUGCACUAAACGUCACACAUCUGUCCAGUAUUCCAUAGUCUUUGGGCAACUCCAUAACCAAUGGAAGAAUGUCCCUUACACAUGUCCAGGAUUUGGGGGUGAAAUGUGUUGAAUUUUUCCAAUUUAUUUGUACUUCUUUUUUGGUUUUAUAUAUUUUUUGUUAUUUUAUUAUAUUUAUUUAUUUUUUCCGUAGUGAUUGAGCUACAGUUUGUGUUCGCUGCUUUCAACGCCCAAAGCUUUAAUUCCAUUUAUUUAUUUUAUUUAAUUUUAUUUUUGGGGGGAUGUCACAAACAUUUUUUAAUAUAAAUGUCAGUAUGUGAAGGACUGAAUAUCUGGGCACCUGGUGGCUCAGUGGGCAGAGCAGGCGCCCCGUACACAAAGGCAGUGUCCAUGCCGCGGUGGCCGUGGGUUUGAUUCCAGCCUGUGGCCCCUCGCUGCAUGUCAUCCCUGAUGUUUGAGUUCAUUCCUACGAAACCCCCUAAGUAGUACUUUUAAAAAAAAUCAUUUGCAACAGAUAAAAAAAAUUAAAAUUAUAAUCAUUUUGACAUGUUGAGUUUAUUUAUUUAUUUAUUUAUUUAUUUAUCUUUUCUCUUAAUAAAAGCUUCAGUUUAAAGUUUCAUUCCUUGAUUUUAUUCUCAUUCCUACAAAUCCACAAAUGUCCUCCAGGAUCCCAAACUGUGUGUGAACAUCUUUAUA